AUGGGGAUGCUGACGCGAGUUGCUGACGUAGCGGCGCCGGGUGGAGGAGGCGGUGGCGCGGCCGGGGCCGGGUCGUCCCGGGGGGCGGCGACGGCAAGGCGCCUGCAAGGGAAGAACAGCGUCCUGCCGCGGGCCCCAUCCGCGAAACGCGCGGCGGACUCGGCCGGGGGUGCGAAGCCGCCCGCCAAGAGGAGGCGCGGCGCUCCGCAGGAGAGGGCGGCCAGGCCCGUCGUUCUGGUGGUGCCAGGGUCGCCGAUCUCGCUGGCGCUGGCGGUGGCGGACGCCGCGUCCGUUGAGGGCGCCGCGUUCCGGAGGAGCCGGUCUGGUACCGUCGAUCGAGACGAGGAGGAGGCGCCGGUGGACCCGGACCUCGGUCUGGACCCGGCAGAUGUCGAGGGCCUAGCCUGGCGGGACCGGAACCGGGCCGAGGCGGAGCUGGAGGCGUCGUCGACCCAGGCCUGGGUCAGCGCCGCGACGGCGUGGGCGCGAGCCGGCAAGGAGGCGGCGUGGCCGGAGAUGCCGGUGGGGACGGUGGCGGCGACGACGGUCUUCGUGCUGGCGUCGGAGAGGGAGCACGGCCAAGGCGGCCGUGCGGACAUGAUGGACCUCGACCGGGAGGUCGUGGUUGUCGAGGACGGUACCCCACAGCGGACCGACGUGGUCGAGCGGGAGGGGGCCGAUGGAGGCGGCGGCGACACCGUCUUGGAGGAGGCAGCGCGGACGGCGCUGGAGGGGGCAUCUCGGGCGCCAGCCAGCGAGGCGCCAUUGGUGGUGGAGCCUCAAGCCGCUCCGCCCACCGAGCCGGCAUCGGUGCCAGAGAGGGCGCCGGAAAAGGCGCCGGCUUCAGGGGAGGCGGCCGGUGGAGAGCACGCACUGGUGCUCAGGUCCGGAGGACGCCGGGUCGCCGAGCCGCGGUCGUCGCGGAGCGGGACCAGCGAGGUCCCCUUCGGUCCUCCGACCCAAGAGGAGGCGGCGAUGGGCGCCGUGACCCGCCGCCUAUGGGGGCGGACGGACCGGAUCUAG